AUGUUCGACGUUAAAGCAAACUCAGUAAUUUUGCAUAUCUGUACAGUCAUUAUCUGCUGUAUAUUUCUACCAGUAAAUGCUAUAAUACCAGGCAAUCAAAAUGCCAGUAUAACAAUCGAUCAAGCCCCCUAUAUUGUUCAAAUCAGAGAACGUAAUGACAAGCAUGCGUGCGGUGGAACCCUUAUAGCUCCACAAUUUGUGGUAACAGCAGCCCAUUGUUUUGAGAAAUACGGCAUUGGUCAUUUUAAAGUCGUGGCUGGGACCACAACUACAAAAGAACAAAAUGUUGUUGUGAAUAUCAAACGUCUGUUCAUACAUCCCCUCUAUGAGACUGGAUAUGCAAAUUAUGAUGUUGCUGUUUUGAAAUUAAAUCGUCCAAUAUUUGGUGAAAAUGUUGAUGCCAUCGAACUGUGUGAUGAGGAUACCGAUUUCGAGGAAGGUGAUAUGCUGCAAAUUUCUGGUUGGGGUAAACAAGUGGAUGAUGAUUUGGCACCAUCUUCGGAGACUUUACAGAGUGUGUCAAUACCUAUUCUAUCGGAUGUGAAAUGUGCUGCCAUUUAUGAUGAAGAAGAAUCCGACGUGGAGAAAAUUUCCGAUGAAAUGUUAUGUGCCCAUGGUGCGAAUGGUGAGGAUGCCUGCCAGGGUGAUUCAGGUGGACCAGCGGUUUUCAAUGGUCAAUUGUGCGCAGUGAUUUCAUGGGGCCACGGCUGUGGUAGUCUGGAAUAUCCUGGUGUUUAUGUCCGAAUUGAUCCAGUUCGGGAUUUUAUUGAGGACUGUUUGAGAAAAUAA